GUCCUCGUUCUUGAGCUCAUUUGAGGCAUCCGUUGCACAUGUAAACAGAUGGCUACCGGUAGCGGAGGGUUGCUCUCCGUGGAUUUUGAAGUUAUCGGGAAAGUACAAGGUGUUUUCUUUCGCAAGUAUACACAGCAAAAUGCAGCAAAGCGUGGCCUUGUAGGCUGGGUGCAGAACACAGAACGAGGCUCUGUUGUGGGGAAAAUGCAGGGCCCAGAAAAAGAUGUCAAAGACAUGAAAAGAUGGCUAAAGAAGACUGGUAGUCCGAAGUCAAGAAUUGAGAGGUGCAUUUUCAAAGAUGAACAAGAAAUAACGCAAAGAGGAUUUAAGAGUUUUGAAAUCAUUAAAUGAUUAUGGAAUUCACAACAUUUCGAUUUAGAAGUACAUGUAUGUUGAUAAUAUACGAGGACUACAGAUUUCUGACAUGGCUAACGACAGUUAUACAGUGAACAUGAUAUUUUAUUUAUUAGUAAAAAAAACAUGUGUAACAAACAAUGCCACUUUUGACUAAAGAUGUCUGACGUGCCAGUGGAGUGAUGAGAUUAUUUUUAUGGAACUAUUAUAUGGAGUAGGUACCAAUAUGGUGAAGUGAUAGGCUGAUAUUUUAUAUAUGCUAAGGACUACAGGCUUCCGACUGCCCAUUACACAAUUAAUGUUACGUUGUGAAAUAAAUUGUUCUUCAUGCUACUUAUA